AUGAAAGUUUCUACUGUUCUGCUCUCCAUCGCCUGCCUGGUUGCGCAGGUAGCAGCCUCCCACCAUGGUAUUCCUAACCAUCAAGUGGUUCGGACACACGUUCGCCGGAACGCCACCAGCAUCGACGUUCCCAGUACCCAAGGUUUAAAUUUCACGAUCGAUGGCGAGGCAGACUACUUCGCCGGAACCAACAGUUAUUGGAUUGGUUAUCUGACCAACAACGCCGAUGUUGAUCUCGUGCUCGAUCACCUACAAGAGUCUGGCCUCCGAAUCCUCCGCGUCUGGGGGUUCAGUGAUGUGAACAGCAAGCCUACCGACGGCAAAGUGUAUUUUCAACUCCUGCAGAACGGAACGGCAACCAUUAACACCGGUUCUGACGGCCUCCAACGUCUGGACUAUGUUGUCGCUGCCGCUGAGAAACGUGGAAUCAAAUUGAUCAUCAACUUUGUCAACAACUGGUCCGACUAUGGAGGUAUUAACGCAUAUACCACAGCGUUUGGGGGUACCAGUACGAGCUGGUACACCACUCCAGUGAUUCAGAACGUCUACCGCAAAUAUAUAAAAGCCAUUAUUUCGAGAUAUAGCCAGUCAUCGGCAAUUUUCGCUUGGGAAUUGGCUAAUGAGCCUCGUUGCAGUGGUUGCAACACCUCGGUUAUCUAUAACUGGGCUGCCUCUACUAGCGCCUAUAUCAAGUCCCUCGAUUCCCAGCACAUGGUGGCCAUUGGAGAUGAGGGGUUUGGUUUGAAUGUCGGCUCAGACGGGAGCUACCCCUACACAUACGCCGAGGGACUUGACUUUGAAAAGAACCUGGAGAUCGACACUAUUGACUUUGGAACCUUUCACCUGUACCCUUCCACUUGGGGUGUAGCGAACUCCUUCGGAAAUGGCUGGAUUACAGCUCACGCCAAAGCCUGUGUAGCAGCACAUAAACCCUGCCUCAUGGAGGAGUACGGAGUGGAAACUACCAAAUGCACCGUCGAAGGCCAAUGGCAACAAACCGCCCUUGAGACUAAGGGGAUUGGCGCAGACCUCUUCUGGCAAUAUGGAGACAAGCUCAGCACAGGUAACUCCCCGGAUGACCAUUAUACAAUUUACUAUGGCACGGAUGACUACAAGUGCUUGAUUACCGAUCAUGUCGCGGAAGCUUAA